AUGCAGCAGGAGGAGAUGGAGAAAAUGAGGAAUGAGGAGGAGUACGAGCCCUUUGCUGUAGACUUGUCUCAUGGAGGUGCUAUACCAAGUUUUGUAAUCCAGAGUCAUGAGUUUCUCCAUGUGGUAUCCAAAAGUCCAGUGAAGGGGGUCUUCUCCAGUACAAGGCCUUCUCCAGUACAAGGUCUUCUCCAGUACAAGGUCUUCUCCAGUACAAGGUCUUCUCCAGUACAAGGUUUUCUCCAGUACAAGGUCUCCUCCGGUACAAGAUCUUCUCCAGUACAAGAUCUUCUCCAGUACAAGGUCUUCUCCAGUACAAGGUCUUCUCCAGUACAAGGUUUUCUCCAGUACAAGGUCUUCUCCAGUACAAGAUCUUCUCCAGUACAAGGUCUUCUCCAGUACAAGAUCUUCUCCGACCUCAGAUAUUCUCAGAUCCCGGUAUUUCUCCUCAUCUAUGUGGCCACAGUGGUUGGGAAUCUUCUCAUCAUUUCUCUGGUGGUCUCAGACUCCCAUCUACAGACCCCCAUGUACUUUUCUUUGGGAAAUGUCUCAGUUUUAGACAUCUCCAACUCCUCCAUUUCCACAUCUCAUUUGAAUUUCAACAUCUUUACUGGAAACCGGCUGAUUUCAUACCCAACUUGUAUCUCUCAGGUCUUCUUCUUCACCUGGUUCCUCAGCACUGAGUCCUCCAUACUUACAGUGAUGUCCUAUGAUCGCUAUGUUGCCAUCUGUCAUCCUUUGCGGUACGCAACCAUAAUGAGCCACGAGUUGUGUGUUCAGGUGAUGUUCUUUUCCUGGUUCUUCAGAUUUGUCUGUUCUUUGUUGCACAUGUUUCUUGCACUUAUACUGGCCUUCCCUGACCCCAGCACCAUCCCGGGCUUGUUCUGUGAAUUAUAUCAGCUGAUUCAACUGUCUUAUUCUGACACUUUCCCCAAUUACUUACUUAUAUAUGUUGAUGCUAUAAGUAUUGGAGCCACUGGCUUUUUCAUUACUUUGCUUUCCUAUGUCUAUAUAUUCAAAACCAUCCUGAAAGUGAAAGUGAAGGAUGGAAGACGGAAAGUUUACUCCACCUGCAGCUCCCACCUCAUGGUGGUCUUCAUCUUUUACGGGACGGCUUUUUUCAACUACUUUCAUCCCAAAACUAAGGAUUUUCUGGUAGGCAGAUUGCUGUCUGUAUUUUACACAGUUGUCACCACUCUCCUCAACCCGAUUAUAUACAGCCUGAGAAACAGGGACCUAAAAGGAGCUCUUCAAAAAAUGAUAUCUAGAUUGGACUCCAUACCAUGA